AUGUCGACCCACAAUCGUCGUUCGUCGUCGUUCUCUUCCUCCACGACGUCGUCCUUCGCAAAACGACACGCGUCGAAGACGACGACGACGUCGUCGGUGAAGGGAAAAGUUGUUCCUCCUUCACACAUGGCUACGAAGAGAACACCUCUCACCAAUCUCUCUAAUCAAAAGAGCGUGACUCACGUUGCUUCGCGCAACUCGGGACCUUCCUCUACAUUGGUGCCAUGUUCAAAUAAAACCGCCAAGGCAAAGAAAGAGCCUCCUCCAUGUAACAGCAACAGCAACAGCAUAGCAAGAUCAACAAUUUGCGGAAAUGUUAAAACAAGCGCUGUUGUUCUUCCAAAGUCUUCUUCUUGCCCACGAAGAAAAAGAAGUGAUGCUGCUGCUCCUGCUACUAAAACAGUUGCCAAUGUCAUUGUGCCUGUUGUUCCGAGCAUCGUGGAUGUUUCUCCUAGUAAGUCUGAUGGGAUGUCAACGUCAUCUUCUUGUGAUUCUAUCAAGAGUCCUGAAGUUGAAUACUUGGACAAUAUUGAUGUUUCAGCUGUUGAUUCAAUUCAGAGAAAGAUAUCCAGCAUUUUGAACAUCUCUGAUACUACAGAGCCAGCAGGCAGCAACAUCUGCAGGAGAGACAUAAUUGUUGAGUUAAAAAGAGAGGGCAAAAUUGCCAAUAUCGAUAAUAAUUACCCGGAUCCGCAGCUUUGUGCAACCUAUGCUUGUGACAUCUACAAGCACCUCCGUGCAUCUGAGGCAAAGAAAAGGCCUUCCACAGACUUCAUGGAGAGAAUUCAGAAAGACAUAAAUGUCAGCAUGCGCGCCAUAUUGAUUGACUGGCUUGUGGAGGUGUCUGAGGAGUAUCGGCUUGUACCUGAUACAUUGUAUUUGUCAGUGAACUACAUAGAUCGGUAUCUGUCGGGGAAUGCUAUGAAUAGGCAAAGGUUACAAUUACUUGGUGUUGCCUGCAUGAUGAUUGCCUCUAAAUACGAGGAGAUUUGUGCACCUCAGGUGGAAGAAUUUUGUUAUAUAACUGAUAACACUUACUUGAAAGAAGAGGUUUUGCAAAUGGAAUCUGCUGUCUUGAAUUAUCUUAAGUUCGAAAUGACAGCCCCAACAAUUAAAUGUUUCCUAAGACGAUAUAUUCGUGCAGCUCAAGAUGUCAAUGAGGUCCCUUCACUACAACUAGAGUGCUUGACUAACUACAUUGCCGAAUUAUCUCUCUUGGAAUACAGUAUGCUUUGUUAUGCCCCAUCACUUAUAGCUGCUUCUGCAGUUUUCCUAGCCAAAUUUAUACUUAUUCCUUCAAAGAAACCAUGGAAUUCCACGUUGCAGCAUUACACCCUUUACAGGCCUUCUGAUUUGUGUGGAUGUGUAAAGGAUCUCCAUAGUCUUUGUUGCAACGGUCCUAAUUCUAAUUUACCUGCAGUACGAGAGAAAUACAGUCAGCAUAAGUACAAAUAUGUGGCGAAGAAGUACUUCCCUCCUUCAAUACCUCAAGAAGUUUUCCAGAAUUGAGUAGAUGAACUCGUAUUGACAGUCCAAUUGUUGGUUGGAUAGGCUUAGUUUUGACAUAGUUCCUGUCUCAUUGAUGAGCAGGGAUCAUUUCCUGUUAAAAGUAUAGUGGGAAGAUGUCUCAUGUGUUGUCACAGAUCGAACAGUGACACAAAUAUCAUGGGAGAUGUGCUGGUUCAACUAUGGUUUGACCAUUGGCCCGUGGCUUGCAUAACAAAUCAUUAGAAUUCCAUAUGACGAAUCCCCUUCUGUUGUAAAUACAUGAAGCAUAGUAUCAAAUAGUAUCAAAUGCUUCCAACCAUUUAGGGGAAUUGGAA